GUCGACUAGAGGCGGGCGACUAGCGGUCGGGUGUGUGCCAUGUCGGAACCUGUGAGGAAACGGGGUCGGAGGGCCCGAGGCGGCGGUGUCGGCCGAGGGGCUCGGGGGGCUCGGGGGGCCCGGGGCGGGCGAGGCCGGCGUCCUCGCGCCCAGCGGUCCCCAGCCCGGAGCUCCCUGGACUCGGUAAUUGUGGACUUGGUCAGCGACAAUGAUGAGGAUAUUCUGGAGGUCGCAACGGCGCGCGGCGCUGUGGACCCGGUAGAAGUCCCGCUCCCGGAGACCCCCGUGCCAGCCGCGCCCCAGGACGACAGCGACAGUGACAGCGAAGGGGAGGACGCGCGGCAGGCUGGAGCCGCUCCGGUCCUGGUCAGGCGGCGGCGGCGGCUGCUGCUGGAUCCGGGGGAGGCGCCGGUGGUUCCAGUGUACUCCGGGAAGGUGAAGAGCAGCCUCCACCUCAUCCCAGAUCACCUGCCCCUCCUGAAACUCUGUCCCCCAGGGGCUGAGGAAGAGGGGGAUGUGGCAGAUUCUAGCAGUCCCCACACUGAGGAAUCCCCAUGUCCAGAUUCUCCCUGGAAGAAAAAGCUGAGGAGUAAAGAUGAAGAAGAAGAAAAAGAAAAGCAGAUGUCUCUGGAUCUGGAUACCUCUCCUUUGCCCCCACCUCUGCCAAGGACAAAAAGCAGAAAACAUACUCGGGCACUCCAGAAGUUAAGGUGCCGAGGGGAGGUGAACAAGCGCCUCCAGGAUCUCCGUUCCUGCCUGAGUCCCAAGCAGCACCAGGGACAGGACCAUCUGAGCCAAGAUGAUGAGGUGGUCCUUGUGGAGGGGCCCAUUCUCCCAGAGAGCCCCCGACUCUUUCCGCUCAAAAUCCGGUGCCGUGCUGACCUGGUCAGAUUGCCCAUCAGAAUGUCGGAGCCCCUACAGAGUGUGGUGGACCACAUGGCUGCUCAUCUCGGGGUGUCCCCAAGCAGGAUCCUCUUGCUCUUUGGAGAGACAGAGCUGUCCCCUACCGCCACUCCCAGAACCUUAAAGCUUGGAGUGGCUGACAUCAUUGACUGUGUGGUGCUAGCAAGUUCUCCAGAGGCCACAGAGACAUCCCAUCUGCUCCAGCUGCGGGUACAGGGCAAGGAGAAACACCAGACGCUGGAAGUCUCACUGUCUCGAGAUUGUCCUCUCAAGACCCUCAUGUCCCGCUACGAGGAGGCCAUGGGACUCUCGGGCCACAAUCUCUCCUUCUUCUUUGAUGGGACAAAGCUAUCAGGCAAGGAGCUGCCUGCUGAUCUGGGCAUGGAAUCUGGGGACCUCAUUGAGGUCUGGGGUUGAAAACCCACUCCCUGUUUGGAGGCCCAGCCUGGACUUGGGGAGAAUGACUGCCCCCUUUUGGCCCCAUAAGGGCUAGCUGAAGCUGAGGUAGAACUUAUUUUUAAGCCGAAGCAAAAAUUAAGGUAUGAUAUUUGACCUCUUCUCCUGUUGACCCUGGUUUCAAAUCGUUAGUUACCUGGUUAGUUUUGUGGUCGCCACUGCUGCCCUAGGUAGACUGUGGCUCCAUUCAUAUGGUGUGCUGAGUUUUGCAAUCUCCUGGGAUACUUCUCACUCAUACCCUUUCACUUCCACCAUCACCCUUUUGUUCACCAAAAUGUCUAUUUUAUGACACUGCUUAUAUUUAAACAGGGAGUUGAAAUGAAUUAGGGUUGAGUAUGGGAUUCCAGGCCUGGGAUUUACUCCACAUCUAGGACCAGCAGUGACCUUCGUGUCAUUUGGGGAUAGGUGGUGUAGUUUGCUUGAGGCACAUACACAGGUGUGGUUCCUUGGCUUGCAGGAAAAUAAAUGAUCAAGCUCACACAUACAUGAACUUAAACACAGACAGUGGGUUACUUUUUUGAAAGAUACAGCGGGUUCUCAGCCUUGGAUGUCUAACUCACCCCAGGAUCCUUUAUAGCCCCCUUCCUGAUACAUACACAUUAUUUAAGGCAUAAUUGAAAACAUUGAGCCUUUUUGGAUCUAAGAUUUUAGUCAAUAAAAGACUUCUCUGGUUUUUAUAGCUUUCCCCCCUUUUUUCACACCAUCUUCUCCCAUAAGCAUUCAUUCUAGGGUGCUAAUUGCAUGUCUUUGACUAUGAAUGCAUCCUUGUAAAAUGCAGCAUUGUAUGUAUGAAUACCUUUUUUUAAAUAUGUGAUGUUAUGCUAUAGAUGUGCUGCUGCUUUUUUCACUCAAUAUGUGUUGCUUGUUUUAUAUCUGCUUUGUUGCUUUGAAUUGCUCUGGGAUGUCAGCUGCAUGUUACUUAUGCAUUUGCUAAGUGGUGGACCCCUAGGUGUUUCCAGCCCCUUGGCAUGUAGACAGGGCCACAGUGAACAUCCUGUUAUGUGUCCCCUUCCAUGAUCGUGUGUAAAGUUCUCUGGCAUAGGUGUCCAGGAUGAGAUUACAGGUUAGACUGUUUAAUUUCUCUAUGGUUCUACCAAAUUUUUCUUUAGAUGGUCACUGACCCUUUUACUGGAAGCUUCCCAUUGCUCUUAAUCCUCACCAUCAUUUUUAUUGCCCAAUUUCUAAUUUUUGCCAGUCUGAUAGGCAUAAAGUGUCACUGUGUUUUAAUGUACAUUCAUCCGAUCACUAGGAAUUUGGGGAAUUUCUUCACAUAUCUGUCAGCCUUUCUGGUUUUUCUUUUCUGCGAACCGCUAAUUUAUCUUUGCUCAAUUUCUUAUAGGGGCUUCCUGUCUCUAUUUAUUCUCCAGAGUUACUCACAUAUUCCUGGGCAGUUACAAAAAGCUCAGAAUGGCACUGGAGUUUGUUUAUCCAAGGGUGUCCUUUACUGAACAGAAUUUUUUUUUUUACAUGUUAAAAUUUUUAUUUUGCUCAUUUGGGGGAACUGGGCACACGUAAGUCAAACAGUACAAAUUUAUAUGGGUUAAAGGAAUGAACAGAAAAUUUUAAUUAUAAUGUAAGUGAAUUAACUAUUUUAUCAUAUCAUUUAUUCUUUUUUGAUUUCUUAUUUAAAAAUGUUUAAGAUAUUUUAUAUUUUCUUUUGUUAGCUAAUUUGCUUUUCCUUUCACAUUUAGGCCACUAAAUAGGGCUGAAGUCCAGCUAGUGCAUGCUGGUACCUGCAAUGGCUGGCAUCUGCUCUGGAUGGUCAGACAUUUGUUCUCACUGGCUGAUAAUAGGCUAUACUGGCUGCUAAAUAUUCACUACUACUUUCAAACUAUUUGAAAUUCACAUUCAUAUAUGAAAUCCAAGUUUUAUUUUCACCAUAUAAUGAGCUAGCACUGUCUACUAAUAGAGCCAUUAAUUUCCCACUAUAUGGGGUGUAAUUUUGGCAAAAGUGUAUCAUAAACACUUUUUUUGUUGGAAUGUGGCAUUCCUUUGAACUUACGAUGUGGGAAAAACAACAGAAAUAAACCUUUAUAACAUUUAAAUAAUA